AUGAUAUAUACUGAAGAGUUGGAGAAAGAAGAAGAUAAAGAUAUGGUUAUGUUACAUUUAGUCAGAAGAAACAACAAGAGCUUUUAUGACUUAGCUAAGAUAUAUAAAUCUGACAGAAACUGGUUCUAUCGUGAAAACUUACCGAUUUCAAUGACACCGAAUGAGCAAAUAAAGGAAAUUGUCAAAAAUACUCUUCCUCAAACACACUAUGACAUCAAAGGUUGCACAAUACUUACAUUCAAAGAAGACUUAACAUUACUGAAGGAAAAAAUAACAGAAUAUUUCAAUAACUUCAAAGAGGAAGAAUGA